AUGGUUGAUUAUAUAGCAAUCACAGGUGAUGCCAAUGAUGAAAACGUCGAUAUCCUUCAGAGGUUCUCUUUUUGGAGGCGCAUUCGCCACAGAUUGGGCAUUGAUAAUCCGGAUUCGAUCUCUGUCAUUUUACUAUUUUGUAUCAAUCUUCUCAAUUAUAUGGAUAGGUUUACGAUCGCAGGCAUUCCUGAUAUGAUUCGUGACUUUUACCACAUUGACAGUAAGAGACUAGGUCUCUUGCAAACAUCUUUUAUUAUAUCCUACAUGUGUUUAAGUCCCGUUUUUGGCUAUUUGGGUGAUCGGUGGAAACGGAAGUAUCUAAUGAUCAUUGGUCUCUCAGUUUGGACCCUCUUUGCAUUCGUCAGCUCAUUUGUUCCAUCAGAUAAAUUCGGACUAUUUCUAUUCCUUCGAUGCGUCGUUGGGGUAGGCGAGGCCAGUUACUCCACCCUAGCGCCUACUAUUUUGACGGAUCUUUUUGUUGGAAACGCUCGCACCUCCGUUCUUGGAAUUUUCUAUUUUGCUGUUCCUGUUGGAAGUGGGCUUGGUUUUAUUUUCGGUUCGACUAUCGCAAACGCCACUGGCAAUUGGGCCUGGUCGCUCCGAAUUACUCCUAUUUUGGGGUUGUUUUGUGUUGUUGCUUUAGGGAUCUUUCACACAGAUCCACCUCGUGGGCGGGCUGAUGGCGCUUUCCAUUUGCACACCACUUCCUGGUUUGCUGACCUUAAAAGUCUUUCAUCAAAUCGUUGCUUCCUUCUUCUCUCUUUGGGUUUCACAGGAAAUUGCUUUGUUUUGGGCUCACUUUCCUGGUUUUCUGUUGACUAUAUUCAAGAUGCUCUUAAUGCACGGAUUAGUGGAUCCGCUUCAGCUUAUCCGGUUGCUCUGCUUUUCGGUUUGAGCGCUUGUUUCGCUGGACUUUUUGGAGUUAUUGUGGGCACUGCGAUGGCCAAAAAGUUGCGAGUUUACUCAGUUUGUGUUGACACCUAUAUAUGUGGUGGUGGAUUAUUGAUUUCUUCACCGUUUAUUUUUGCUGGACUGGUCUUUCCAAUCUACAACUUUUAUCUCUGUGUGACCUCCGUCUUUAUUGGGCAGUUUUUCAUGUGUCUGAACUGGGCUCUGAUAUCAGAUAUGACAAUGUCGGUUGUAAUGCCAACUCGACGGGCCACUGCAAAUGCAUUUCAAAUGCUCGUUACUCAUGCUCUCGGAGACGCAAUCAGUCCUUUAGUCAUCGGCUUGAUCGCCGAUUCUCAAACUGUACCAAAUUCAUUAUAUUCACGCUAUCUCGGCAUGCAACGAGCACUAUUUAUAAAUGUCUACAUAUGCAUUAUAUCUGGCUUUCUAUUCCUCUGUGCAUCGUGGUACCUUGAAUCUGCUAAGGCGAGUGUCCAAUUUAUCAUCGAUGCUUCUCGAGUUGAGCAAUUCGAUGUAUAUGAAUCGGAGGUACACUCAGAUCCACAAAGACGCUUAUCUUGUCAAAAUUAUGGAAGCACCUCUCAAACCACUCCGUUCCUCUCUUUUGAAAGUCAUCAGUCCACUGUCGCUUGA